UUUCCUUUAAAAAAAACCCAGAAAGGGAUCUUACAUGAAAGGUACUCGAAAAGGUUCAGCCUUUGUUUUCAAAUAUCAGAUUGUGUUUUAGGGUCUCCUUGAUCUUUCUUUCUGUAAGAGAAAAGAAAAACAGAGAGAAAGAGAGGAAAAUAAUUAAUAAAAGGGAGCAAGAGGCGCAAAUGUUUGAAGGAAAACCGAAUUCUUGUAGUUUUCCGGAUGAAUUAGUUGGAUUAAACUUGGCUUUUGCUUGCUGUGAUGCCAUUAUUUCUGUUAUUGCUUUUGCUCAGCUAGCACGCAUUCACUCAAGGAAUUCACAGCUUGGAUGGACUCGCCAAAAAGUUUUUCAUAUACUGAUUGGGUUUACUAAUACUGGUUACUUCAUUUAUUUUAUCUUGAGUCUUGUUGCUGCAUGCCGAGAGUGGUUAUGCUGGUCAUACACUUGUGGUUUUGUAGCCAUGGCCUUCCCCAGAAUUCUAUUAUUUGCAACAUUUCUUCUGCUUUUGUCAUUCUGGGUCGACCUUUGCCACCAGGCAGAUGAUGAAGAGGAAGAGGAUGAUGAACAGGGCUUUCUAGAAGCUUUAAUACAAAAUUCUUUAAACAGACCAAGGUCUUCAGUCGCAGAUGGUCGCAGAUUAUGUUAUCCUUUCUGUUUAAUCCAUGUUGGAAGCCGUCAAAAGAUAGUAAUUCUGAUUACUGUUCUUGGAUUUCUUCUUAUGAUGACAUUUUCUGUGUUAAUUUGGAUUGGAAUGGAAGAAAAUCCUAUUGAUUCAUCAACCGUGUCGCGGGUUUAUGUAGAUCUUUUUGCUACAGCAAUACUAUUGCUCGGUGGAGCAUUAGCAUGCUAUGGGCUCCUAUUAUGUCGGAAAAUGAGGAAUGUUAGAUCUGAAAGAGCUUCAUCUGAGAUCUGGAAGGUUGCAGGUUUGGCAAUCGUAUCUGUUAUAAGUUUUACAUUCAGUGCUUCUGUGGCCCUUUUUACUGAUAUUCCGGUGAUUUAUCACUGGCGUGAACUGCACAUAGACGGUGUUUAUGCUUCUCUUUUACUGAUUUUAUAUUACUUUAUAGCUUCAUCUGGCAAUCUGCAAUAAAAGGGAACAGAUUUGUCGACGAUAAAGUUGAUGGCUAUAAGAACCUUCAUCUAAUCAUAACUGUCUUGGAUAAGGGACAUUGUAUGAGAAAUCAGGAUGUCUAUAUAUCACAAUGGAACGACUCAGGUGAUCCGGGAGAUUAAGACAAUUAGAGUUUCCGAGUUAUUUAUGUUCCAACAAAGUAUUUGUGCAACUAUCCGUCUACUCUUGUCGGACUAGGGGUUAAUUUCACGUGAAGAUAGCGAAUAUUGUUGUUGCACAAUCUUAAAAUGUAUAUUUAGAGUCGAUGCACGAUCUUAAAUGUGGAAUGGUGAAGUAGGUCAUGAUAUCAAGUUAAUGAUGUGAUGUUCGUUUUGCUUUUGUAGGUUCAUCAGUUCCCUCGGCUUUCGUAUUAUGGGUCAUGAGAGAAUUACCGCCCAUGUCAACGGCUAACACGCAAGAAGAAUCACGUGAAAUAA